CCCAACAAUCUCCAGCACUUUAUUCCCAACACUCGUAGCAGCAAGACCAACCAAACAGCUUCCUUUCACACACCACCGCCUUACUUCCACCACUGUACGAGUGCUGCCUCUUCGACAGCCGGCGCCUCUUGAUUCCUCCGGCGCCGCCUCAGCUUCCCCAGGCUCCAACCAACCGGAUUUUCUAAGUCACAGACUAAGCUCCAGCCCACUAGCUUGGACCUGCAGGCUUCACUUGGUUCACAACCUGAUUAGACGCAUCCCUUGAACUUAUCGCGUCUGAAAGAACUUCUGAGAGGUUUGUCAGAACCUGAGUUCUUACACCCUCCCUUUGGGAACUUAGCAAGUCAGAAGUCUGCAACCUUCUCAGCUUGUCAAAAUCAUCUGCUUGACAGCUAAGCAGCUGUCCCCUGCGAUGUCCUCCUUUCCAACGCUCGCUCAAGCUUUACAAGCUGACUUCCAUGCUGCUCUCCUCCCCAAGGCUCAUCCCCCAUCUUGCAUGCCUCCUGCGCUGUCCGCAUGCGGAGGCUCCUGUGCUCCACCUCAUCUUCCAUCAUAAACUCUUCCCAGCUGCCUGCAGUGUCAGCUCAAGACUAAGUCCUGAACACAUCUGCAUCUUUCAAGUCAGACAGCUCCUCCUCAGGCUCCUCUUCAACCUGAUCCUCAUGAUGGGAUUGGUCAUCAUGUGA